CAGGAAAUGACUCCCUCUUUGAGCCUCAGUUUCCACAUCUGCGAAGUGGGUGCAGGGAACAGUCCACGUUCAGGAGCCCUCCUAAUGUUUCCUGUCUUUUUCCUAAUUAUACAAGUGUGUUCCUAUCCCUGGGAUGCCGUAACAAGUUACCACCACUGGGGCUUAAAGCAACACCAUCAUUUUAGAUUGUCAUAUUUUCAUAUUGUGGUAAAAUACACAUUAUGUAAAAGUUACCAUUGUAACGAAUUUUUAAGUAUACAGUUCUGUGACAUUAAGUACAUUCACAUUGUCUUACGACCAUCCCCCACCAUCCAGCUCCAAAACUUUUUCCAUUAAACACUGACUCCCCAUCCCCCUCCCCCAGUCCCUGGUACCCACCAUCCUACUUUCUGUCUCCAUGGAUUUGACUCCUCUAGGAACCUUGUAUAAGUGGACUCACACAGCAUUUGUUCUUCUGAGUCUGGUUUAUCUCACUGAGCAUCAUGGCCUCAAGGUUUAUCUGUGUCCGUGGCAUAUGUCAAAAUCUCCUUCCUUUUUAAGACUAAGUAAUAUUCUACUGUAAGGUUGGACCACACUGUGUUUAUCCAUUCAUCCACUGAUGGACACUGGGGUUGUUUCCACUUUUGGGCUAUCAUAAAUUUUAAAAAAGAACCCAGAAUUUUAUUCUCUUAACAAUUCUGGAGGGUAGAACUCCAAUAUCAAGGUGUGAGCAAGGCCAUUUUCCCAAUGAAGAGUCUAGGGGAGAAUCUUUCAGUGCCUCUUCCUAUCUUCUGGUAUCAUUUGGAUGCCAAUUUCUGCCUGUCUUCACAAGACGAAACUUUUUUCUUUGUUGACUAUGAUAGUCAUCUUCCAAGAUGUCCCCCAAUGAUCUUUGCCUCUUGCUUUUCACAUUCCUGUGUAAUCUCUUUCAUUGUACCAAGGUGGGUCUGUAUGACCAAGAGAAUAUGGCAGAAGUGAUGGUAUAUUACUUCCAAGAUUAGGUUAUAAAGAUACUGCAGCUACCAUCUUGUUCAUGUUUUAAGCUGCUAUGGUUGGGAGGUGGUGACUUGUUAUGCAGCAAUAGCUAACCAAUACACAUACACAUAUAUAGAUAAGGUUUUUCACACACUCAGAUAAAGGAUCAAGCCUUGCUAGCUGUUUUGUAUUUUCACUUUUUAAAAAUUGUAUUUUUAGGAUCAAUUCCCAGAAGUGGGAUUUCUGGGUCAAAGCAUAUGACUAGCUGCAGGUCAUGCUGCCACAAAAAUUGUGUGCAUUAUACACAGCUAUCAACAAGGAAUUAGCACUACCAGUUUUACUGUGGCCAUGUCAGCAUCUGGUGUUACCACUUUUUAAUUUAACUGGGACAUUCAACAUCCAUUUCCUUGUCCACAUUUGUUUUCUUCCAGUUUUGUUGAGAUAUAGUUGACAUAAAGCACUGUAUAAAUUUAAGGUGCACAGCAUACUGAUUUGAUUAACACAGCAUAAAGAAAUGAUCACAGUAAGUUUAGCAAACAUCCAUUAUUUCAUUUGGAUACAAAGUUAAAGAGAAAAAAUUUUCUUGUGAUGAGAACCCUUAGAAUUUACUCUCUUAACUUUCAUAUAUAACAUACAGCUCUGUUAAUUCUAUUUAUCAUGUGCAUAUUACCUCCUUAGUACUUAUCUUUUUUUUUAGUAUUAUUUAUCUUAUAACUGGAAGUUUGUACCUUUUGACCACCUUCAUCUGGUUCACACUCUCCCCACCCUCUGCCUCUGGUACCCAUGAAUCUGACCUCUUAUUGUUACUCCACUGAAAUCUUGGAAGGGAAAGAACUUACAUUUAUUAAGUAGGUGCUGUGUACCCUCACUCUGUGCUAAGCCCCUAAUGUAUUAUUCCAUUUCUUUAUUGAGCAUAUAUUUAUUGAACACUUACUUUAUCCCAGACCCCAUUCUGGACAUUGGAUACAGAAUUGAAUGAAACAAAGAUCUCUGUUCUCCUAGGCCCUACAUUCCAGUGGGGAGAAAUGAAGAAGAAACUCAAGUGAGUGAAUAUGUAGCAGUGUAGAUAAGCAAAGGUGUCCCAGAGAAAAAUAAAGGAGGGAGGGGGGAUGAGAAAACUAUAGUUUAAAUUUUAAGUAGAGAGGUCAGAGAGAAGGUGAUAUUUGAAAAAAAUUUAAGAUGCUGAGGGAGUGAGCCAUGGGGGUGUCUAGGGAAACAGCAUCCCAGGCAGAGUGAUCAGUGCAAAGGUACUGGGGCAGCAGCAUGCCUGACGUGUUGGAAGAACAAGGAGGCCCGUGUGAGCGAGGGGGAGAGAGGGAGGAGGUGAGGACUGGGAGGGGACAGGGGCAGGGGCUACAGGGCCUUGUGGGCCAUGGGGAGGACUUGAGCUUUUACCCAUGGGAGGUGGGAGCCCCCAAGGGCUGUAGGCAGAGGAGGGGUGGGACCUGACUCAGGUGCUUACAAACCCUCUCUGAGGGUUGCUGUGGGGAGGCAGGAGCUGUGGAAGCAUGGUGGAGGCCACCGCACCGGCCCAGGUAAAUGACAGCGGGGCUGGACCAAAGUGGUGGCCAUGCACAUGGUAAGCAGCAGCCAGCCUCUGGGUACUCUUUGAAGGUUAAGCCCCCAGAAUUUGAUGGCAGACUGUGGGCAAGGGAGAAAGGGAGGAUCCACGGAUGACAUCAAGGCUUUUGAUCAAACAACUUGGAGGAUGGAGGUGCCCUCGAUGAAAACUCUCAUUGGAUCCUACUGACAACACUCCAUGGUAGAGUUAAUCAUUGCCUCCAACUUCCGGAUGGGGAAACUGAAGCUCAGAGAAACAAAGCAGCUACUCUAAGGUCACACAGCAAGACGUGCCCGAGAUGGGAUUCCAACCCAGGUCCAUUGACUCUCAACCUAUGCCCAUCUUACUCUGGAGACUCACUGUGUGUCUCUCUCUCCCAGAGCUCCCAGAGCCUUCUCGUUCUCCCCAGCUUCCAUCUCUUGUUGCCAUGACAAUGAAACGCAGCGUGUUAAUUUCCUAUGGCUGUUGUAACAAAGAACCACAAACUUGGUGGUUUAAAACAACGCAUAUUAUUCUGGGAGGUCAGAAGCCUGAUGUGGAUCUUGCUGGGCUAAAAUUAAGGUGUCGGCAGGGCUGGCUCCUUCUGGAAGCCCCAGGGUUCCAGCUUCUAAAGGCCACUUUCAUUCUGUGGCUCACAGCACCCGCCUCCUCCGUCUUCAAAGCCAGUAACGGCUAGUGAAGUCUUUCUCACACCCAGUCCUUCGAAUGCUGACUGUUCUGCCUCCCUCUUCCCUGUUUAAGGACUCGUGAGAUGAUGCUGAGCCCCUGUGGUUAAUCGAGAACAAUCUUUCCAUCUCCCCAUCAGCUGGUUAGGAACCUUAAUUCUAUGCAAAUAUAUCCACCCCUUGCCCUUUGCCAUGUAACAUAACACAUUCACAGGUUGAGAGGGAUUACAAUGUGGACCUUUUUGUGAGGAGAGACCCUCGCUCAGUCCAGCAUACGCAGUGAGGUCACAAGGGCCUCUGUGACCUCAUCAUCCCCUGGGACCCAAGUUUACAAGGCGCCCCUCCCACAAGGUUGCUAGAUGGGCAAACCUCUCACCAGGGAUUUGAAUCUGGGUGUCAGCUACCAUGGGAGCCCAACCUGAGGAAGCUCAGAAACCUUGCUCAACGGUCCAGACCCUGUUUAAGAGGGUCAAGGCCUUACUCACCAAAGCCAACACCCCACACCCACCCCCACCCCCCUCCCGGAACCCAGGCUGUACGCACGUGUAUGGGUACGUGUUUGGGCACGUGCGUGAAAGUGAACUGGAGCAUCUCCCAUCACAGCAGGUGCUGGACACGGGAGAGCAGCUCAUGGUCCCCGUGGAUGUCCUGGAAGUGGAUAACGAGGGAGCUCUGUGGAAAUUUCUCCUCUCGGGAGCCACGGCUGGGGCAGUGUCUCGCACCGGCACGGCCCCUCUGGACCGGGCCAAGGUGUACAUGCAGGUCUACUCCUCCAAGACGAAUUUCAUGAACCUGCUGGGAGGUCUCCGGAGCAUGGUCCAGGAGGGGGGGUUCCGCUCCCUGUGGCGUGGCAACGGUAUGAACGUACUCAAGAUCGCCCCGGAGUACGCCAUCAAGUUCUCCGUUUUCGAACAGUGUAAGAACUACUUCUGUGGAGUGCAUGGGUCCCCACCCUUUCAGGAACGUCUCCUUGCUGGCUCCCUGGCUGUGGCCACUUCCCAGACGCUCAUCAACCCCAUGGAGGUGCUGAAGACACGGCUGACCCUGCGCCAGACCGGCCAGUACAAGGGGCUGCUGGACUGUGCCAGGCAGACCCUGGAGCAGGAGGGCACCCGUGCCCUUUACCGAGGUUACCUGCCCAACAUGCUGGGCAUCAUCCCCUACGCCUGCACCGACCUGGCCGUCUACGAGAUGCUCAGGUGCUUCUGGCUGAAGUCGGGCAGGGACAUGGAGGACCCUAGCGGCCUAGUCAGUCUGUCAUCCGUGACACUGUCCACAACCUGUGGCCAGAUGGCCAGCUACCCGCUGACUUUAGUGCGCACCAGGAUGCAGGCCCAAGACACUGUGGAGGGCUCGAACCCCACCAUGCGUGGAGUCUUCCGGCGGAUCCUGGCCCAGCAGGGCUGGCCGGGGCUGUACCGAGGCAUGACCCCCACGCUACUGAAGGUGUUGCCGGCAGGUGGCAUCAGCUACGUGGUGUACGAAGCCAUGAAGAAGACCCUGGGCGUAUAAGCAGUGAGCUAGGUGACACACCCUGGGCAGAAAUGGACACUGGGAGGAUCCAGUGUCCCCUGACCCCAAGGAGCCCUCCACGCUCAGGACCCAGGGCAGCUUUUGUCAGGAGAAGCAGGCUGGGGGCCUGGAUUAGAAGAUUCCUGGAGUCUCCUCCCCAGGGUGCAGCCUGGGACUAGUUUGGACUCCAGUUUGGCUGUUGUGACUUAUCCUGGUUUCAGGGCAAAAGGGUGAAUGUGGAGACAACCCAGGAAUAAAGAGAUGGUUUCCUACUAGAUGUGUCUACCUGGGUUCAGGAGGGCAAAGGGGACCUAGAUUCCUGGGUCCAAGAGAGGAGCUGGUUAUCUGGCUCCCUGGGUCCAGGAGAUUAAGUUAGGGACCUUGAAUCCUUAGUUCCAGGAGGUGAGUUCGGGACGUGGAAUCCUGUGUCUAGAAUGGGGCUGGGGGCCAGUAUCAGACCCAGUCCUCAAAUGCCUCCAAAAGUCAAAAUGGUUCCUAAAUUCGCCAAAUCUGACACUUAGACAUCCCAAAACUCAUGAGCACUUCCCUCACUAUCCUGGGAACUCCCCAAAUGUGACUCCUCCAAAUGGACUCGCCCCUAAACAAAUCUACAGGGUAAGCUGGGAACCUGGAAUAUGCUGGGUCUAAGAGGGAGCUGGGUGAUUCAGAUAUCUGAGUCUGAGAGGAGCUAGGUAUAUGGGAUCCUUGAAUCUCGAAUCCGAGCUGGGUAUCUGGGACCCCUGGGUCCUGGAGCUGGGGAUGGGUACCUUGGGCCGGCACCUCAGUCCUGAAUGUGAAUUGGAAGCCUGCAUGAUGCCUCGGUCCAGGGGGGAAGCUGAGGGCCUAGGAUCAGAGAUUGGGGGUUGUAUCCAAGGACCUUACGUGAAGCGGGUGUGGGAUGUAGAAUUAGAGGCUGGGAUCCCUCAGUCCUGGGAGGAAA